UUGAGGGCGGGGGGCUGUGGGGAACGCAGUGGGGCCUGGAGCUGUUGCAGAGUUCCAGCGGGGGAGGGAACUGGUUCAUGGAGUGCUACAUAGAUCAUGGUGGGAUGGUCCAUAUAAGGCUGUGAGAGUGGGCAGGGAGGAACAUGCUCAUUCAUAUAGGGCUGUGUCGCCCUGGGGAUCUGCUGCCCCGCUUGUCACUCCCAGGAUGAGGCGGAAGCAGAGGGCAGCCGAGGCGGGGGGUGCGGGCCUGGCACUGGAGCUGCGCUGGGAGUGGCAGGACUCCGGCGGCACCUGGCAUCGCUUCGUGCCUGAGCAGAGCGAGGUGCUGACACAGGCAGCCAGGGCAGGGAAGCCCAGCGUGGCUGUGGGUUCCCGCGUGGAUCUGCGGCGGAUGGUGCAGCGGGAUGGACAGACGGGGCAGGACAGAUGUGUGGCAGCCGCUGUCCAGGACCAGGACUCCUAUUUCGUGUGGUGCUGGCAGGGGGACGAAGAGGGGCAGUGGCUGCCCUGCCGAUACCUGCCUGGUGCUGGAGCGAGCGCAGCGUGGCGACGGGGGUCCCAGCUUAGAGGUGACGUUCAGCCGGACCCGCUACACAUUGGACACAGCACAGAUGACCCAGACCAAUAUCAGACCUGGGUACCAGCGCCGGAUGGAGCGGAGGGAGUCAGGCCGCAGAGCCGAGCUGCGCGGGGGCCUCCCAGCCCAAACCAGCCUCACGACUGGACCCCCGAGUGCAAGCGCUGCUGGGGCUGAUCUGCGACCUGCAGG